AAAAGGGGUUAAAUGGAAUUUUCGAUCUCGUGACUCGUGAGUUCCACGCGACGAUCGGGCGAUCCCUUCUCCACAGACGGUCUCAACCUACGACCUGUUAGCGUUCCUUCCUGAUGGCGGCCUUUCGAAGAUUCGCCCAGACGACGACCCUCUUCGGGGCCGUACGCUCCGCUCCUCAGGAGACGCUGCCGUCGCCGUUGCCGACCAACCACAUCGCUCGACGCGGAUACCACAUCGAUCUCGGCGCUCGCGAGAAAGCGCUCCUGGAAGAAGAUCCUGCAUUAAAGAAGUUCAAAUCAUACAAAAAUAACUUGAAGCGGGUGUCAAAGAUCGGAGAUGUUCUGACUAUAGCUGUUGUUGCUGCGUGCGCCUACGAACUUUAUGCAGUGGCAACUGUGAGAAAGGAACAAAGGCACUGAUAGCUGAUAGCUGCGGUGAGCUGUGAACACCAACAAGACAAUUUGCAUUCAAAUGCUCUUCAUUUGAUCUUUGCAGACAUUUGCUUGUGUUUUUUGGCUAUGGCUUUAGAAUAAAUUUGCUUCCUGCGAUGAACUUUUACCGUUGUGACUGAUAGCUUCAUUUUCUCUGCGAUAACAAAAUAUUAUGCAUGGUGGUUGCAUUAUCUUAA